AUGUCGCAGCAAUCCGUCAACGUGUAUACGUGGGGAUGCGCCCUCUUCGCUGCGGUCGGAUCCCUUCUUUACGGCAUCGACUCGGGUAUCGUGUCGACCACGAUCGCCCAUGAGAGUUUCCUCGAGUACUUCGCGCCGUUCACGCCCAGCAUCAAGGGCGCCGUGGUGAGCACGUUCGGUGCCGGCUCCGUGUUUGGCGUCUUCUUCGCCGGCUGGAGCGCCGACUAUUACGGACGCAAGAGGACCAUCUUCAUCGCCGCCGUCAUCGCCUUGGUCGCCGGCAUCAUCCAGGCCGCCUCGGUGCACGUCGGCAUGCUGAUCGCCGGCCGCAUCGUCGGCGGCUUCGCGGUCGGCAUGAUGAACAUGACCAUCCCCAUCUACAACAGCGAGAUUGCGCCGCCUCACAAGCGAGGCAUGAUCUCCGGCCUGCACGCCCAGUUCGUCGGCUUCGGCUUCGCCACCGCCAACUGGAUCGGCUUUGCUUGCGGCUAUGCGAAGAAGGGGGCCUUCCAAUGGAGGUUUCCCUUUGCUUUUCAAUGCUUGCCCGCCCUCAUUGUCAUGAUCGGCAUCUUCUGGCUCCCGUAUUCGCCUCGCUGGCUGAUGGAGCAGGAGCGCGACGACGAGGCCUAUGCGGUGAUCAAACGUCUGCACGGCACCAUCGGCCACGACGAGUCCUUUUUCCGCGCCGAAUUCAACCAGAUGCGAGACCAACUGCGCUUCGAGAAGAGCGUCACCAUCUCCAGCUUCCGCGAGCUGUUCUCCAAACCCAGCAACAGGAAACGUCUGAUGCUCGCCGUGCUCGUCCAGGCCUUCACCCAACUCUCCGGCAUCAACGUCAUCAACUACUACCAGACCGACUUGUACAAAGGCCUGGGUAUGACUGGGCACAUGGUGACCCUGCUGGCUGGUGUCUACGGCAUGGUCGGCCCGCUCGCCAACAUGAUCUGUCUCUACUUUGUCGACAGCUGGGGACGAAAGAAGACUCUCUGGAUCACCGGCAUCGUCAUGACCAUCGACAUAUCGGUGGUCAUGGGCCUGACUGCCGGCUACGGCAAGUCCGACAACAAAGUCGGCCAAGGCUUCACCAUUGCCUUUAUUUUCCUGUUUUCGGCCAUAUAUUCAUUGGGCUACAAUUCCAUCCACUACAUCUACGUGCCGGAGAUCAUGACCAUGGCGAUCCGCGCCAAAGGCUCAGCCGUAUCCAUCAUCUGCAACGUCCUGAUCAACAUUGUCUUCAACCAGGUCUCGCCCAUCGCCUUCUCCAACGUCGGAUACAAGUACUACUCGCUAUUCAUCGCCACCAACUUUGUCGGCGCCAUCGUCGUGUUUUCGCUGUUCGUCGAGACCAAGGGCAAGUCUCUCGAGGAGAUCGCCGCCAUCUUCGGCGACGAGCUCGUCGUCGCGCCCCUGGCCACCGUCCAACAGGAGAAGCUGGACUUGAUCGCCGACGACCAGGUCCACCAUGUCGACCGCGUCGAUGAUAAAGUCGACGAAACGGCCACCGCGAAGAGGGAGUAG